AACCCUCAGUUCUCAUAACAAUAAUAAUAAUUUCGGAAGUUUUGACAGUUAGAACUUUUAAAGGAACCCAUCAAGAAUGGGAAUAUUCCCAAGUUUUACAAAGUGCAAAACUAGUUGUACCAUAUCCAAAGCUUGAUGGAUUUGCAAAAAUAAUUGCUUCAUAGAGGAUAACUUCCAUAACAAUGUCAGAGGACGACGGGAUGGCUGGAGCCCUCCAGAGGCUGAAAGAAUUAAAAGCCACGAAAGGAAAGAAAACUGUUGGAAUUGAGGAAGCAAUAACAAUUCUCAGGGAUGAGGCAGUAACAAGAGGACUCAAGACUGAAGACAUUCAAUUCAUCGUGAACGUGAUAACUAGCACUGAUCUACGUGCAGGCCUCUGUGUGCCCCUCAUUCAUUGCCUCAUCCCCAGCAAGAAAAUCCCUGAUACAAUUUUGGAGAGUGUGAUAAAUUAUUGGUUCCACAAGUGGAAUGAUCUGCCAGUUACUGUUGCUAGCAGUAUUCUGCAAUGGUUAACGGGGCUCUGGGAGUACCAGCUGGUGGACAGACAGACCAUCAACGUAUACUACGACUGCUUCUUCCUUAAUAUGCUGAAAAAGGAACGAUUGGAAUCUCCCACGGCCAAGCUCGUCUACCUCCUCACAAAACCAGAGGACGUGACUCGUCGUCAGGUCUCUCGUCUGCUGCGUCUCCAGAGCAAGUACACAAGGCCUCCGAAGCACCUGUCAGCCCUCCUAUCCCUCUUCAAGUCUUACAAGCCCGAGCUAGUGCCCGAGAAGAUCCCCUCGCUGAAUCUCGAGAGUGUCUGGAAGCCAAUCCCCGAGGUCUUUCGCCUGGGCUUCGAGGACGCCAAGAACAGGAGCUCUCAGACCGUUACCCAGAGCCACGAAUACUUCGACUGGAACCCAAUGAAGCAUUCGGAGGGCAAGAAGACAGAGCAACUACUUCCCUCCAUCAGGUACUUCCAGAUGGGCUCAAGCAUCUAUCGAGAGAAAAUGACGAAGUCGAUCUUUGAUCUCAGUAACAUCGUUGAUGUGGGGAGAUACUACUUCAGUGUGGAGUUACCAACAAAUGCCACUUCUUUGCUGGCGAACACUGCAGGGUACCACUUCCUGACGUUCGCCAAUUUCGAGUAUCAGAGCAGAUUUUCACAUAAUCUUUAUAACACUUUGAGGAGGGCGUUCAUCUUGGAGUGCAACCGGUUCUCGAAGGCUCAGAAGUCCCAACUGCUGGAGAUGACCAUCGAGUUCUGCAAAUACAUGCAGCAGGGCAUUCCUGUGAUCCUUCGCUUCCUCCUGGAGUACCUCCCCUACGAGUCUGCGGAGUACCGUCCUCACCUCCUCGGGAUCCUCGAGUGGUGUACGCAGAUCAGUGUAACAGAUUUACAGGAGAACAUCGCCCCUCACCUCGAGGAGAUCUUCCUGGAAUCCAGCCUACCCCAAAGAUGUCAGAUAAUUCGAUCCCUCCGGAACUUUCUCCGGAACAUUUUUGUCAACCAGAACUUCGGGAUUGGUGAGAUCCAGUCUUCGCCCUUCCUAGGGCAGAAACCAACGAGUGAACUGAUUGAUCUCCUCCCUCCCACUCUCGUCAUCGCAGAGAACCUCAUCCUCAAAGGGUUGAACGCUUCCUUCAACGAUCUUCUGAUUCUCAACGAAGCCCUGGGAUUCUACGAGGAAGUCCACAUGCUCGUCAAGUCCUCAGACACUCCGGGACUCAUUGUGGCACCAGCCUCAGUGAUUUAUGGGACCUUUUGCAGCAGGAGUUGCGCUCUGAUCUCCAAAGCUUGUGGCUUACUUUUGAAAUACAGAGAGACUUGCAUGGAACUUAUGAGGUUGGGGGUCAGGGGCGAGUUUGCAGAAGAGGUGGAGAGACUCUCGUGGUAUGGGAACGACUUGGGAAACGCUCUGUGGAACUCGAGGAUCUUCUCAGGCAAUCGUGAGGGAUUCUUCAGAGGGAUAACUAAGGGGUUCGAAGAGAUGUUGCCCGAGGAUGCUGAUGCCAGGCUCGAUAUCAUGCGGCAUAUCGCAUUCCUGCCUUAUAUUUAUACCCUGGGGCAGACUGGACUGGACAUCUCCAGUAAAGAAGCUGCCUUGGUGAUGGCUCAACAGUACUUUCCAAAUGUCAGUGAGUUCAUUGAACAGUUUGAUCAGCCCUUGGAAUAAAGGGGGAACUGGGGUGAGAUAUUAAUUAGGUUUUUAAGAAUAUUUUUAAGAUGUUGAAGGUUUAAAGACAAUUUUAUCUAUUAAUUGUAUUUUUGCUAACUAGUGUAAAGCUUACGAUGAUACGAAGCACCAAUGAAAUCCUUUGAUUUGGCGAAUAAAUCAACGAAAUAAUUUGAUAAUAA